CUCCCUUCUUCCCUUCCCUCCCUCAUCUCACUUUCCUCUCUCAGUUGAAGUAGGUGCGUCAUUGAGUCCAGUAGAGUUCUUGCCUGGGUCUUUCAACAUGUCCUGGACUCGGGUCUUCGUCCUUGCUCUCCUCACUACCCUCCUCAUCCUCACCUUUUCCAGUGUGGGGGAAAACGCAGCAGUACGGGACGACUCGAACGCAGCUGAUCCUAAAGGCGCGGCGCGUCAGGUGUUCGUGCCUGAGUCAGACGCCUCCAACUUCUUCAAACACCGUGGUCGCCGCUCAGUCCGGUACUAUGAGCUCCAAGCCGAGCAGAGGGUGAGGCUGGCGGCGGACAAGCGGAGGAGGGACUACAACGAGGAGCAGAGGGACGAGUACGAGAACUACGUGGAGGAGGAGCGCGACGAGGUGAAUGAGAGGUCGAGGGAGACGAACGAGCAGUUGCGAGAGUUCCACUAUGAUGGCAUCUAUCCUCGCUACUUCUGGUCUCACUGAGCACGACCUUGUGGUGCAGCGGACCGGGGUCACAGAUCCUCCCACCGGGGCCGGGAGUAAUUCUGCAUUGAGAGCAAGUGCUAGUUGUUAUCGCCAUAUUGUUUUUCUACUUUCAUCUUUACGAUAAGUUUUCUAUUGCUUUAUUUUUUUUUUAUACAGCCUAAACACUGCAAUGUUUGUUUCUAUGUUAAACUUUUAAAGUGCACUUUUUGCAUUUAAAGCUCAAUGUUAUCACAUUAAACACAGGCAAUAUGUUAUGCAUGCUUUUACAAGUAUAUACGAGCAUAUACAAUGUCUAGAUACACUUCUUGUGUACAGAUAGUUAGAUUUUUUGCUAAGAAACUGACUUUUCUUUUCAUUUCUUAGUAAAAAAUGACAAAUAAACAAGUUUUUCCUGGA